GUUAUCUACGCUUUAGUGCGUCAAGGGAGACAAUUUCAAAUCAACGACUAUGGCACCCACACGAAUCAUAUCGUGUCAAGUCAAAGAUAUUCGCUUCCCUACUUCUUUAGAAAAGGAUGGGUCGGAUGCAAUGAACUUGGCACCAGAUUACUCUGCACCAUAUAUAAUUUUAAAGACAGAUUCUGAUCUUGAAGGACAUGGCUUAACAUUUACUGUUGGUAAAGGCAAUGAAAUAGUGUGUCAUGCUAUUCGUGUUUUGAGUCAAAUGGUAGUCAAUAAAGAAUUAGAUUAUAUAUAUAAUGAUUUUGGUACGUUUUGGAGAUCAUUGACUAGUGAAGAUCAAAUGAGAUGGUUGGGUCCAGAGAAAGGAGUAAUGCAUUUAGCAGUAGCAGCCAUAAUAAAUGCUUUGUGGGAUUUAUGGGCUAAAAUUGAAGGCAAGCCAUUAUGGAAACUUCUAGUAGAUAUGGAACCUGAAAAAUUAGUUUCUACAAUUGACUUCAGAUAUAUGUCCAAUGUUUUAAGUAAAGAUGAAGCUUUAGCUAUUUUGAAGAAAAUGCAGGCUGGUAAAUCUGAAAGAGAAAAUAAUCUAAAAUCGACAGGCUAUCCAGCAUAUACUACAUCUGUAGGUUGGCUAGGUUAUGAUGAUGUUAAAUUACAUAGGUUAUGUAAAGAAGCAUUAGCUGAAGGUUUUACCAGAUUUAAGGCUAAAGUUGGUGCUGAUUUAGCAGACGAUAAAAGACGUCUUACUAUUAUCAGAGAAGAAGUUGGACAGGAUAAAAUGCUACUUGUUGAUGCAAAUCAAAGAUGGGAGGUACAGGAAGCUAUUGAUUGGAUGAAAGAAUUAGCCCAGUUUAAUCUAACAUGGAUCGAGGAACCAACAAGUCCUGAUGAUAUACUUGGACAUGCUCAAAUAGCAAAGGAAUUGAAUCCAUUAGGUAUAGGAGUAGCUACAGGUGAACAAUGCCAGAAUAGAAUUAUGUUUAAACAGUUUUUACAGGCUAAUGCUCUACAGUUCUGUCAGAUAGAUAGUUGUAGAUUAGGUGGUGUUAAUGAAAAUCUUGCUGUUAUACUUAUGGCAAGUAAAUAUGGAGUGCCUAUCUGUCCACAUGGUGGAGGUGUAGGAUUAUGUGAAUUAAUACAACAUUUGUCAAUAUUUGAUUAUAUAGCUGUAUCUGGUAGUCUGGAUAAAAGAGUUGUUGAGUAUGUAGAUCAUCUUCAUGAAAACUUUUUGCAUCCAACUGUGGUUAAAAAUGGCAGCUACCAGUUACCUCAGGCCCCAGGAUACAGUGCUCAAAUGAAAGAAUCAUCAUUAGUCAGUAAUGAAUGGCCAAAUGGUGCUGUCUGGAAGAAAUUAAUCCACGAUGGUGUCUACACUAAUCCAGGAAUUUGAAUUUAAUUCAGGUGAAUCAAUACCCUAUCAUUGAUUUCAAGAUAAUCAUUCUUGCUUAUACAAUAUCAUUUUGGAUCUCCAAAAAAUUCAUGGUGAGCAGGAAAUAAAUUCUCAGUGAACUAUAUGCUUCAAUGAAACAUGGAAUUUUUGACUAGUAUUUCUAUUAAGGCCAUACUAAAAACCCUAUUCUGGUUCUCAGACAAUCUUUAAAAAAAAUCUGAUGUGAGAGAGAGGUUUUUAUUUUUGUUAUAAGCCACAUUUUCAUGUGGAUGUAUAUUUUCUCUGCCCUGUCUGUCCAUCCAUCAACAAUUUGUUUGCUGACACUCUACAGGUCACAAUUUUUAUCUGAUUUGGACAAAACUUGAAAUAUAGGGUUUUUUUCCCCAAAGAACUUUGUUCCUUUCUAUAUUGGCAUGUGUCGACUGUAACUUUAUGGAUGAUAACCCCCGAUUGUAUGAAAAAUCACGUUUUGAGCUUGUGGACACUCUAGAGGUUACAAUUUAUCCGAUUUUUGUCCCCCGCCUUUCAAAGAAAGCAGGGGACUAUUAAAAUGGGUUCGUCUGUCUGUCUGUCACACUUUUUGGGACACAAUAACUGUCCUUCUAAUUGAUGCCUUGAUAGAGUUCGAAGAUAAGCAUUUUCUGCUCAGGGUAAGCAGAGCGAUAAGCAAUUUGAUUGGCCGAGACUUUGGAACACAAUAACUCUCCUAAUUGAGCUAGAACAUUCAAACUUUGUGUAGGUGUUUAUUAGGUCAAUGCCUUGAUAGAGUUCUAAGAUGCUUAGGGUAAGCAGAGACUGACAAUUUGAUUGGUUGAUGCUUUUUGGCUCGAUAACUUUGGUUAUAAUUAAGUAAGAGCUAUGAAACUCUGAGUAUAGAUUAAUUAUAUCCUCACCUUGACUAAGUUUGAUGAGAAUUUUCUGCUUAGGCUAGGGAGCAAUAAGCAAUUUGAUUGGUCAAGACUUUGGAACAUAACAACUCUGCACUUGAUGUCGAUGUUCAUUAGGUGAAUAUCUUGACUGAGUUCAAUCAAUUAACAUUUCCCACUAAAGCUAAGCAGAGCCAAGCAAUUUCUUUGACUUUGAUUCUAUCUGAUAGAGAGUGAUGAAACUUAGUGUAUAGUUGAUAAUCAGUUUGAUUGUUUGAUACUUUCGAAAAAGAUAAACGUGCAAUUAAUUGAUAUGUGUCAUCUAUUUAUUUCGGAGGGGGACAUCAGCCUCACUGUUGGCUUGUGAUGAAACUUAAAAUAUAUUUUUAUAUCUCAAAGAUCUGGGUUUCUGUCGAUAGGUGCUGUGAUAUUAGUGCUGUGAUAUUAGCGCCUAUCGGACGCUAACUUCUUGAAUAUUACCCGAUUGUACGAAAAAUCGCUUUUUUUUUAGCUUGUUCUCUGUCCAUCUCUUGUAAAAUCUUGCAUGGCUACCGCUUGUUUUAUUUUGUCAAAGGAUCACCACCCAGCUAAAUGCCUUCUGAUAAACAUCACAUUUUAUGUGUUUAUAAGAAUGUAUAAUUAUCAAGUAUGAAUUAUGAUUGUCAGGGAUGCAUACUCGAUUGCUACAGCAGAUUUUUAGAUUCAUUUUUGGAUUCCUGUAACUGAAGUAAAUAUUUAUAUGUGGCAAUUAAAUAAUCUAUUUUCAUGUUUUAUACUUUAAAAUAAAAAUGGGUUAUGCGGCACCUUUCAGGUGACCCAGAAUUAUCUGAGAUUCAGAAUAUUUUUUUAUAUGGCCUAAUAUUCAAUUCGGCAAGCACAUGUAAUCUACUCGUAAAUGAAUAUAAUAUAACUGGGUGGGUGGGUAUGAUAAUUGUGUGCCUGACAAAUAACUAUAACAAGGAAAUUAACAAAGAAGGGAAACUUUAAAUAACUUAGCAUUCUUUUAAACUUUCCUAGUAACUGGAGCUUUAAGCGAAAUAACAACACAACACAUAUGUUUCCCUUCAAAGGAACAAAUGAAACGAACAAUAAUAUAGUAUUAUGAAAUUAUAAUGGAUUUAUAUACAAGGUGAUUUUAUAUCUCUGUGAUAAAUUUUUUACAGUGAUUUAUUUUGUUAAUUGCUGGAGUCCUUAUCUUCUAUGUAUUUAACAUGAUUAUACUUGUUAUGUUGAUUUACAUAAUUAUUAAAUAUGAAUAUACUUGUUUGCUGAUUUAUGUAAUUUGUAUAUUAACAUGAAUGUUCUUUUAUGUAUUUUGUAAUCAUGAUUUUUCUUGUAUAUGGAUUUACAUUAUAAUUCUUAUAUAAACAUGAAUAUACUCAUUAUGUUGAUUUAUAUAAUUAUUAUAUAAUGGUUGUUUUGGGGUGUGUUUUUUCCUUUAUCAUUUCUAACCAAAAAGUAAUAUUUAAUAAAUUUUGCAUACAGUGAAUUCUUUAUAUUGAAAAUGCAGAAUAUAUAAAGGAAUAAUUCUCUAUUUUGAUGUAAAACAUCUCAAACAUUGACCAUAUUAUAUUAUUACCAUAGUCUGCUCUGUAACAAGUGCUGGAAAUGUUCUCUUGUGGUUAACAGAUUGUACUUCAGAUAAACUCUGUGAUACAAAGUGAAGACUAUCAGACAUAUGUUAUGAACCGUUAACAUUGUGAAGAUGUAAAAUACAAGCCAACUGAUGAUUUAAAUCUUAAUUUAUUUUAUAAAAUUAUUACUUGUAUCUCAGUAUAAAUUCAUAACAGCAAUACAUAACUGUUUUAUUUAUGAAUUAUAUUUAAUAAUGAAUUUAGGAGAAUAAAAUAAUGGAUAUAAAUUAAAUAA